AGUAAGAAAUGACAAUUCAUUGUCGUUUGCGUCGCGACGCGGAGGAGACGAGAGUCAGAGGGAGACACGGGGACGAAGACGACGAAGCCGACGGGACCUUCGAUGACCGGCGUCUCGGACCUCGCAUGAUUCGAUCCCUCCCUCUCUCUCCAACCAUUUCAUGCGACGAUCGAAUGCCCGCAAAGCCGGGAGCAACAAGAAAUCCGCCGCCGCUGCUGCCGCUGACGACCAACGCUACAGUACCAAGACCAACGGUGACGGCCGCAGCAUGGAUCCGAUCAAGCUCCAGCUCCGCCCCAACUCCCGAUCCACCAACCUCUUCUCUCGAAACCCUAAGCAAGCUCCCAAAUCGAACCUCUGCCUGCUCUCUUCGGUCCUGCUCGCGCUCGCUCUCGUCCUCUGCUACGCAUUCCUCCUCCCUAGCGGUUUCUCGAUCUUCGCGAGGAGGAAGUACGCGAUCGUGAUCGACGGAGGCAGCACGGGUACGCGGAUACACGUCUUCAGCUACGGAAUCGGGAUUGGGAACAAUGCGGCGUUUGAUUUCGGGCGAAACGGGCUGGCAUCGUUGCGGGUUAAUCCGGGCUUGUCGGCGUACGCGGAGGAUCCGGACGAGGCGGGCGCCUCACUGGCCGAGCUGGUGGAGUUUGCGAAGCGGAAGGUACCGAGAGAACUCUGGGGAGAGACCGAAGUUCGGCUAAUGGCGACGGCUGGGCUGCGGAUGCUCGAACGGCGAGUCCAGGAUCGGAUCCUCGACUCGUGCCGGAAGGUUCUUGGCGUGUCUGGAUUCCAGUUCCAGGACGAGUGGGCUUCGGUUAUUACAGAAGCUCAUUUUUGGGUUGCAUCAGGUUCUGAUGAAGGGGUGUAUGCUUGGGUGGUUGCUAAUUAUGCACUUGGUGCUCUUGGGGGUGAUCCACAGCACACUACUGGUAUUAUUGAACUUGGAGGGGCUUCUGCUCAGGUGACCUUUUCUUCAAGUGAGCCAUUACCUCCUGAAUUUUCACGAACUGUGAAAUUUGGAAACAUCACAUACAACCUCUACAGCCACAGCUUUCUUCAAUUUGGCCAGAUUGUUGCAUUUGAGUCAUUGAAAGAACUACUUCUUUCUGAAGAAAAGAAUUUGGCUGACGAGUCUCUACAGAAGGGGAUGUUAGUUGAUCCUUGCACUCCAAAAGGGUACUCUCAUCCCGAGCCAUUGAAGCUCUCACCAGGUUCAGUGGAUGAUAAAGAGAGAUUCUUGUCCACUUUUGAUUCUAAGGGCAACUUCUCAGAGUGCAGAUCUGCUGCCUUUAAACUAUUACAGCAGGAAAAAGGUACGUGUUCUUAUCAGCAAUGCUACAUAGGAUCAACUUUCACGCCCAAGCUUCAGGGGAGAUUUCUUGCUACAGAGAAUUUUUUCUACACAUCAAAGUUCUUUGGAUUGACACAAAAAGCAGUCCUUUCUGAUUUGAUGUUGGCUGGGGAACAUUUUUGUGGAGAGGAUUGGUCAAUCUUGAAGAAGAGACAUCAUUCGCUCAAUGAGGAAGACUUGCUCCGCUACUGCUUCUCUUCAGCUUAUAUUGUAGCCUUCCUUCAUGAUAGUCUUGGAAUUGCUUUGAAUGAUGAUCGGAUAGCAUUUGCUAAUCAGGUAGGGAGUGUCCCUCUGGAUUGGGCCCUCGGAGCUUUCAUCUUGCAGACCACAGCUGCUGCAGAAGCAGAGAAGCCCAACUGGCCCUUCACCAUUCUUAUUCAUGAUUCGCCCAUCCUACUCUCAUUAGUUGCUAUUCUGAUAAUAUCCAUGGUUAUCUCAUGGACCUUAUCAAAGUGGAGGAAGCCUCAAGUAAAGACAAUUUAUGAUCUAGAGAAGGGACGGUAUAUAGUGACUCGGUUGAACAGGUGUUGAUUGUUUCCUUAGAGGAACUAACCAUCUUCUGCAUCCAUUCAAUCGGAAGAAAUGAGCCGUGACUGUGCAGCACCACAAUUUGUCGGUGUCUUGCUUCCACAUUUUUCAGCCUGAAGUGACUCUCUGGGGGCUGAACGGGGCUCUCAGAUUGUAUAUAGUAGGAUCCUUGCAGGGAUUGUGCAAUGACAUCUUUAGGAGGUCGAGCAUCCUUCAUGUCCUAUACCAUUCUUUCUUUCCUUUUACUUUGGGUGCAUAGGGAAAUAUUUAGAAAGCUCAUCCUGGUCACAGUCACACCACCAAACAUCACCCUUGGAUUAGUGCUUUGUUGUGAAGUAGUAGAAUUUUCUGGCAACUUGGGCCGCCAUAUCUAUCAAUGUAUCACAAAAUGUACACUUGGCUUGAGCUUUAAAAUUAUACCCUGAAUGCAGUUCUCUCCUCUAUUUGGGAGGCAUA